GAGGAUGACAGAGCGACGAAAGCGACUCUCGGAAUCAAUCUGGCGGCGGCCUAUUAAAGGGCGCGGACCCGGGCGGCAGUGACCAGUCAAGUGAGCCGCGCCAUGUCGCCACUGACCGUGCUGUUGUACACCUGCGCCCUGGCGGCGGCCGUUCACGGCGCCGCCUUCAAGGAGGUGAGGCUGGGCGGGGCCGUCGUGGACCAGACCGCCGCCAUGUUCGCCCCCGUGCCCACGGGGCUGGGCGUGCAGCGCUCCGACCUGGAGGAGGAGAUCGUGGGCGGCGAGGACGCCAAGCUGGGCCAGUUCCCGCACCAGGCGUCCAUGCAGGUCACCAUGCCCGGCUCCUGGUGGUGGGACGCCGCGCCGCAGCACCUCUGCGGCGGCACCCUCAUCGCCCAGGGCUGGGUGCUGACGGCCGCGCACUGCGCCUACGGCGUGCCCAACAACGCCAGGAAGGUGGAGGUGGUGCUGGGCAUCGACAACCUGGCCCGCGAGGCCAGCGGCAAGCAGCGCAUCCUCGUCACCAAGAUGCUGGUGCACGCGCAGUACCAGCACAACGUCAACGGCGGCGUCGGCCCCUACGACAUCGCCCUGCUCAAGCUGGCCCAGCCCGCCAGGCUCACGGCCAACAUCAAGCUGGCCGUGCUGCCCAGCGCCGGCGCCCUCGCUUCCGGCGACGCCGUUCUCUCCGGCUGGGGCAGCACCAGCCAGGACGGCGACCACCCCGUGUACCCUAACCAGCUGCAGACGGCGACCUUCCCCAUCGUCGAGUACAACGCCUGCAACGCCUUCGUGAGCAACCUGGACGGCCCCGAGAACAACCCCCUGGCCGACACCAACCUGUGCGUCGGCCCCCUGGACCGCACCGGCCUCUCCUCCUGCAGUGGCGACAGCGGCGGCCCGCUGGUCCAGCAGGACGCCAACGGCCAGGCCGUCGUCAUCGGCGUCGUGUCCUGGGGCCUCAAGAACUGCGGCAGCGUCCCCUUCCCCUCCGUCUUCACCCGCACCUCGGCCUACGUCGACUGGAUCCAGGCCGUCCAGCAGCAGAACGCCGGCGUCGCGGCCACCGCCUUACGACGACGAUGUGUGGCGAUGCAUAGGGACAAAGGGACUACCGUUCUCAUCCUCGGUUUGGCUAUCGGCAAGUCCGAGCGGCCCUUCAUAUUUGACACAGGGUACUCGUUUGGCCAGCGAGGAGCGAGGGGCUCCCUGAUAGCGGAAGGCAGGCGCUCACUCACACCGCCACACUUUGAAGGCGCUCCAUUCCCCGCCAUGGCGCCGAGCCGCAGCGUCGUCGCCGUCCUCGCCCUGUGCGCCGCCCUGGCCAGCGCCAGCCCCGCCCGGGAUGGGCUGGUCAAGGAGGUGGGCGUCAAGUCCUCCCAGAACCGAUACGCUACGUUCCCCAUCCCCCUGGGCGUGGAGCGCGCCGACAGCGACGGCGUGAACCUUCAGAUCGUCGGCGGCCAGGACGCGAAGCUGGGCCAGUUCCCGCACCAGGCCUCCAUGCAGGUGACGAUCCCAAGCCCCUACAUGAUCAAGUCGCAGCCGCAGCACCUCUGCGGGGGCUCCCUGAUCGCCAGGGGCUGGGUGAUGACGGCCGCGCACUGCGUCUACGGCGUGCCCAACCGCGCCACCAAGGUGGAGGUGGUGCUGGGCAUCGACAACCUGGCCGUCAAGGCGGCGGGCUCGCAGCGCAUCGCGGUGGAGCGCAUGCUGGUGCACGCCAAGUACGACCACUACGGCAACAACGGCGUCGGCCCCUACGACAUCGCCCUGCUCAAGCUGGCGCGCCCCGCCACGCUGUCCGACACCGUCAAGCUGGUCGCGCUCCCCGCCCAGGCCGCGCCCGCGGAGUCAGGUACCGCCACGCUCUCCGGCUGGGGUAGCACCAGCAUGGACGGCCUCCACCCCGUGUACCCCAACCAGCUGCAGAUGGCCGAGUUCCCCGUCGUCUCCCACGACGAGUGCGUGGCCUUCGUCAAGGCGAUAAAGGACGGCGGCAAGGAAAUGGCGAACCUCAUCAUGGACUCCAACCUGUGCGUCGGCCCGCUGGACAGGGACGGCCUGUCCUCGUGCAGUGGGGACAGCGGCGGCCCGCUCAUCCAGGGCGGCCAGGACGGCAGCACCCCCACCGUCGUCGGCAUCACCUCCUGGGGACUGACCAACUGCGGCUCCAUCCCCUUCCCGUCCAUCUUCACCCGCGUCCACAGCUACCUCACCUGGAUCGCCAGGGUCCAGGCCGCGUACUAGUGCCGUGCCCCGUGCCUCGAGGAGUCUCAAUAAAUUGAUUUACGGACCA